GUCACAAGUCACAACUGUCAUUCCUUUGGCUUUGCUUCCAAUUUAGCACGUCACUAGUUUUCUAUACAAAUUUUUCUAGCAAAAAAGUUAUCAAAUAUAAUUUAUUUAUUAGCAUAAUUAUUCAAUUUUAAUUCGAAAAAUUUUGUUCUCCGCAAGUCCAAGAAAAGGGAAAGAAAAUGAUGUAAAAAAUUGGAAAUUGGCUAAAAAAAGAGACAUUUACAAGAAAUACAAAAAAAAAACAACAUUUUGCUGUCGUCAUUUUCGGCAAAACUAACAAAUGCAUCAAUAAAUUUUUAGUAUGGAAAAGUUUCCACUAAAAGGCAAUCGAGCAGUCGCUGCUGAGGGAAAUAACUAUAUCACUGCAUAUCAAUCCGUUCUAAAAAAGUAUCGCCAAUUUGGCAAGUCGCUAAUACAUCAAAUAAAUUUCCAGUCAAACGGUCAUAAUAUAGAGUCGAGUAUUCAACAGCAGCAUCCUCUGGCUGCUACGACAACAACAUCACUAACUGCUGCUGCCGUCGCAGAUGAUGAUGAAAUGAUUGAUAUCACACCACGCACAAGUCCAAUUGAAGCUAACUCAAAUACGAAUUUAAAUAACGCCGCUAGCAGAAAUACAGAAAUGGAUCGAUCCCAUGUGCCAACUCACAGUGCUUUUGGAAGUGAUUACAACGACCCAGAUGGGGCAAUAUCAUUCUAUGGUUCCCAAGAACCCCAUGAAGAUAUACCUGGCAUAGGACAAUAUGAUGAUUUUCAUACAAUAGACUGGCAGCGAGAUAUUGCUAGAGAUCGCAUGCGACAUAGGUACAUAGUUAAGAAGCGACAGGAUUCUCUUUGGGAUUUGAUUAAAGGCGCUCAUGAUGCUUGGUCAGGUUGGUUGUGUGUUCUACUUGUGGGAAUCGCUGCAGGAAUGGUUGCCGGUAUGGUGGAUAUCGGAGCAAGUUGGAUGUCUGACCUGAAACAUGGAAUAUGUCCUAUAGCAUUCUGGUUUAAUCGAGAACAGUGCUGUUGGCCCUCUAAGGAAAGUGUCUUUGAGGACGGAAAUUGCACAACGUGGAAAACAUGGCCUGAAGUAUUCGGGCAAUCGAGAAAUGGAGCAGGAUCUUACAUCGUUUCGUACCUGCUCUACAUACUGUGGGCACUUUUGUUUGCGUCUCUGAGUGCAUCGCUUGUCAGAAUGUUCGCUCCCUAUGCAUGUGGUUCGGGUAUACCUGAAAUAAAGACCAUCCUCUCGGGCUUCAUAAUUCGCGGUUAUCUGGGGAAAUGGACUUUGCUUAUAAAAUCAGUUGGUCUAAUGCUUUCCGUAUCGGCUGGGCUUACUUUGGGCAAGGAAGGCCCAAUGGUUCAUAUCGCCAGUUGCAUAGGAAAUAUAUUCUCUCAUCUUUUUCCCAAAUAUGGACGCAAUGAAGCUAAGAAGCGUGAAAUACUCUCGGCAGCUUCUGCAGCUGGUGUUUCGGUUGCCUUUGUUGCGCCGAUCGGGGGAGUGCUUUUCAGUUUGGAAGAAGUUUCAUAUUAUUUCCCAUUGAAAACACUUUGGCGUUCGUUCUUUUGUGCCCUGAUAGCAGCUUUUGUUUUGCGUUCAAUUACACCAUUUGGCAAUGAACAUUCGGUGUUGUUUUUCGUUGAAUACAAUAAACCUUGGAUAUUCUUUGAACUUAUUCCAUUUGUGUUACUUGGAGUUUUAGGGGGAAUAACUGGAACAGUAUUCAUCAAAGCUAACCUAUGGUGGUGCAGGUACAGGAAAUUCAGUAAAUUGGGUCAAUAUCCAGUGAUGGAAGUUUUGGUUGUUACGUUAGUUACUGGAAUUAUAUGUUAUCCGAAUCCAUACACUAGGAUGAACAUGAAUGAGUUGAUUUAUUUACUAUUUAGUCAAUGUGGAGCUAAUGAUAGUACUCCUUUGUGUGACUACACACGCCACAACAUAACAAGUGGGCUAGCAGCAGCAAUAGAAGUUGCAGAACCUGGUCCAGGUGUUUAUAAGGCCAUUUGGCUUCUCAUAUUGGCCUUUUUCCUUAAACUAGCUCUGACAGUUUUUACCUUUGGUAUGAAGGUUCCUUGUGGUUUGUUUAUUCCUUCGUUAUUGCUCGGAGCGAUCAUGGGACGAAUUGUUGGCAUAGGUGUCGAACAAUUGGCCUAUAACUAUCCAACACUGUGGUUCUUUAUGGGUGAAUGUGCCACUGGAAAUAACCUGAUAACCCCAGGUUUAUAUGCAAUGGUAGGAGCAGCAGCUGUCUUAGGAGGAGUUACACGAAUGACGGUUUCACUAGUAGUUAUUAUGUUUGAGUUGACCGGAGGAGUGGGUUAUAUUGUACCAUUAAUGGCUGCCGCUAUGGCAUCAAAAUGGGUUGGAGAUGCUCUUGGAAGACAAGGUAUUUAUGAUGCGCACAUUGCUCUGAACGGUUAUCCAUUUUUGGAUAGUAAAGAUGAGUUCGCCCAUACAACGUUAGCAGCUGAUGUUAUGCAGCCAAAGAGAAAUGAAACUCUAUCGGUAAUAACACAGGACUCAAUGACAGUCGAUGAUAUUGAAUCACUCCUAAAAGAAACCGAACAUAAUGGUUAUCCAGUUGUGGUAUCAAAGGAGAAUCAAUAUUUAGUUGGAUUUGUUCUACGCAGGGACUUAAAUUUGGCAAUCGGAAAUGCUAAAAGACUUAUUGAGGGUAUAAACAGUGCCUCAAUAGUGCUAUUUACAUCAGCAACACCUGUGCAGAACUUAGGCCCACCACCAUUAAAACUUAAGAAAAUUCUUGAUAUGGCACCUAUCACAGUGACCGAUCAAACUCCAAUGGAAACUGUUGUGGAUAUGUUCCGAAAGCUUGGCCUCCGGCAAACACUUGUCACGCAUAAUGGUCGUUUACUUGGCGUUAUAACCAAAAAGGAUGUCCUUCGGCACGUUAAACAAAUGGAUAAUGAAGAUCCUAACACAGUCUUAUUCAACUAAGACUACAUUUGCUGUCAAUAUAGUUUCCAUGUAAGCAGCAAGUAAAAUGGUCUUUUGUUUGAUUAAGAAAAUGUUAUAAUUUAUUUACUCAAUAUCAUGCAAAACAAAAAAUAACCAUUAUUUUUUAUUAGUUUAAAAAAAUUAUAUAGCAAAUUGUGUUUAUAUACAAAUAUAAGUAUAUUUAUAUAUUUUUUUAUUAUUUAAUAUUAAUUUAAAUCGUAAUCUACACUUGAAAAUUGUAAAAUAGACAACUUUAAAUUUUCUGUAUAUCCUCAAAUAUUUUGUUGUUAAUUUUGUUACAUCUAUUUUUUACAAGAGUUGAUGGGGCUUGCUAUAGAUAUAUAUAAUCACAUAUACAAAUUCUUGAUCAAUUAUUCGUAUCUCAUUAUUAUUGUCGCUUUAAAGAACAAAUUUAUUAUCUAUAUCUUCUUUUUUUUUAACUUACAAAGAAAUUUUAUUCGCCCACUUCUCUGACUGUGAUUUUAUUAUGUAAACAUUUGCAAAUUACAAUAAAAAGAAAAGUAUAAAUAUUUAGAAGCUACUUUAAAAUUGUUUGGUUUCACUUUAGCAUGCUUUUGAUUUUCUUGUGCCCCAAAAUAAAAAUUCAGAUUAUCUGUGAAAAUAAAAAACAAACUUAAUAAAAAGAAAAUUAAAUUAUAGACUAAAUGAUAAUCAUAGUAAUUUAUAUAAAAAUAAAUGUAAAUAGUAAAGCAUGAAAUAUAUACCAAUGAUCAAAAGAAAAAAAGGAUUUUCUUCAAAACGAUCAAGUAA